CGCGCGCACACACACACUCGCACACGCGUCCACACACACACGCGCGCGCACCGUGCCUGCUGCAUGCAGGCUGACGCAGACGCUGAGCAGCGGCUCGGAGACAUGGACCUAUUCGAGUUCGACUUCUUCAGGGACUGGGAGCUGGAGCAGCAGUGUCAUUACGAGCAGGACCGAUCAGCGCUAAAGAAGAAGGAGUGGGAGCGGCGCACACAGGAAGUGCAGCAGGAUGAAGAUUUGUUCUCCACCGGCUUCAAUCUGUUCGGGGAGCCAUACAAGACGAACAAAGGUGACGCCCUCGCCAACCGAGUCCAGAACACACUGGGAAACUAUGACGAGAUGAAGGAGCUUCUGACCAACCAUUCCAACCAAAGCCACUUGGUGGGUAUCCCCAAGAACUCUGUCCCCCAAACCCCGGUGGAGAAAACAGACCAGCCCAGCUUCUUCUCCGAAGCCCAGCGAGCCAGGACCGCCACCCAGCCAGGGAGUCACACCACCUCCAUGCCCCCGCCGCCCUCCACCACCACCCUGGCUGGCCCCAACACCCUCCACGGGCACCAGGCCGGCAAAAAGUCCCGUAGCUCCGACUGGUCCCGAGGGUCUCACGCAUCCCAGCCGGGUCAAGCUACCAGCCGCGGGGCCAAGCACCCGGGUCACGAGCAGGAGCAGGACGACUCCAGCCCCAGCACAGCCUCCACCUCCUCCCAUUCCAGCAGGAGACACGGGCAGACGGCCAAAGCGGCAGCGCCCGCCGACCCGAUGGGGCAUGGCAAGUCCCCCGCAGAUCAGGACAUGGGACCCCACGGCUCGGGAUCACCCGUGGCCUCCACCUCGCUGCUCCCCGGAGGUCUUUCUACUCCCACUUUCCCUCAGGGCCUGCACUGCAAGCCCAGCAGUGCCGUGCAGCAGAAGCCCACCGCUUACGUACGGCCAAUGGACGGCCAGGACCAGGUGCCCAAUGACUCGCCUGAGCUGAAGCCCCCUCUGGAGCUGGGCGACGGCUAUGGCGGAGCGCCGUUCGGAGGCCUGCUGGAUGGGAAAGGCAGUGCGGCGGGGAGCAAGGGCAAACUUCCCAAGCUGACGCUGCCCCAGCCAGGGGAGGUCAGUCUGCCCAAUGACUCCAGCUGUGUGGAGGAAAUUCUGCGGGAAAUGACCCACUCCUGGCCUCCUCCUCUCACUGCCAUCCACACACCGGGCAAAGCAGAACAGACCAAGUUCCCCAUCCCGUCCAAGGACCCCCAGCACGUAACAGCAGGGUACAAUGGACAAAAGCGCUGUAAUGUUCCUGGUAACAAGCCCGCGACCAAGCCGGUGCCACAGAAGUCAAUGCUGGAGGAUGACCUAAAGAUCAGCAGUGAUGAAGAUGACAGUGAGCAGGCUGCAGACAAACCCAAGGCCAGGAGUGCACCUCCAAAUCUCCCAGGUCCCACACCACGGAGCAGUGAUGCAGCUGGCCACUCCAGUGGGGCUUCAGGGAGCUCCAGCGAAUCAGAGAGCAGCUCAGAGUCAGACUCCGACAGUGAGAGCAGCUCCAGUGACAGCGAGUGUAAUAGAGCGUCCCGCACCGCAACACCAGAGCCUGAACCCCCAUCAACGAACAAGUGGCAGCUGGAUAAGUGGCUGAACAAAGUGAACCCUCACAAUAAGGCACUCGCCAACACACAGCCCGAGAGCCACGGACUUGGCAGCACUCAGCCUGAGGAUGUCCAAGCUUCAGAAAACCAGAACUGCAGUAAGAACAAGCCCAGUGCAGCUUUGGCACAAGCAGAUCCCAAGGAACGGACCCUGCUUAGUCCUGUCCGAGAAAAGGCCAAGCCCAAGGCAAGCCUGAAAGCUCCGGAAGGUAAGGGUACCAAAGUGAAGGCUGCCCCUGUUACAGUGGAUCUCGCUCCCUCCAGAAGAAGCACAGGCAAAAAGCAACCCAAGAAGGUGGAACGAUCCUCCAGCAAUGAGGAGCACAAUUGGCCCAGACCGGGCAACUCUGGGACUACACCAAAAGAGAAAGAACCUCCACCUUUAGAACCUCCUAAACCUAGAGGCAAAACCCCAGGAGGCAAGACUGCCCCUAGAAAAGAACCCCGAAACACUGCAGCAGCAACCACCACCACUACCACAAUAGUCCCUGCUCCAACCACCACACCUGCCACCACAGUUCCAGACAAGAAGAAGCAUCGAGGUCCUAGUAAGAUCAUUCCCAAAUCAAAGGAGUUCAUCGAAACAGAGUCUUCUUCAUCCGAAUGCCAUUCAGAUCCGGAGGAACUUUCAAAGGUGCUCCCUUGCCCAGGCCCUAGCAGCCUGAGCCUCAAAUCCAAGGACUGUAACAGCAAUAUCCUGAGCGUCAGCAGCCUCGCCAGCACCAGCAGCACCUCCAUACCGGAUCCGGGGGCCACAGACUUGCUGGAGGAGCCUCUAUUCUCACCUAUCCCCAUUGUCCAGAAUGAGCUUCUGUCGCCACUGCGGGACUUUGAGGAUAUCAAGUCCCUGUGGGUCAAGAUUGAGCUCAGCCUCUUGUCACGGAUACCUGGGCAAGAGCCUCCGGAGCCACCACCUACCAAAGCAGAGUGCCGGGAGCCCAGCAUCAAGCACAGGCGGCAGCAGUCGCCCGCAUCUCUUCCUCCUGAGAAACCAACCAGCAAAUCGAAGAGGAAACACAAGGCAAAACAUUGUGAGAUGUUGAGUGGGAGCAAGAAGUUAAGACUGGAGAAAGAGACCCUGCUUCUCCCACCUUGUAUCUCGCCCAUCCACAACCACAAGGUCUCCUGCACAAAAGAUUCCUCAAAGAAGCAGCCGAGGAAGCUUCUUCCACCAUUGCUGUCGCCGUUGUCAGACGAGCCGGUUGGUCGGCAGCGGAGGAGCAGCGAGAGCAGUUCUCUCAGUAUGGAGAGCAGCACGGCCGCCCCCACCACGAUACCCUCCACCCACUCCCUGCCCCCGUCCUCCUCUUCAUCAUCCUCUUCCUCGUCACACAAGCACCGCAAAGGAGAGAGCAAGUCCCACUCCAAGACCAGCAGUCAGGAGGAAGACAGCCACGCGAAGCCCUCCGGAGGUUUCCACGGCAACGGUCAGACCGAAUCCGACGUGUGGCCGAACCCCUCGGCUCUGGCGAUGGAGAGCGUGGAACCCAGGAGACCCAAACUCACGUUCAACAACACUGUUCACAGUGCAGACUACUAUAUGCAGGAAGCCAAGAAACUGAAGCACAAAGCUGAUGCACUGAUGGAGAAGUUUGGUAAAGCCGUAAAUUACGCAGACGGUGCGCUCUCCUUUAUCGAGUGCGGAAACGCUAUGGAGCGAGACCCGUUAGAGGCCAAGUCACCGUACACCAUGUACUCAGAAACCGUGGAGCUCAUUAGGUACGCGAUGAGAUUAAAGAACUUCACCAGUCAUUCAGCCACACUAGCAGAGAAGAAAUUAGCAGUAUUGUGCAAUCGAUGUUUAUCCCUGCUGUACUUGCGGAUGUUCAAGCUGAAGAAGGAUCACGCUAUGAAAUAUUCCCGUUCCUUAAUGGAGUAUUUCAAGAACUCGGCGAAAAGUUCUCAAGCACCUUCGCCGUGGGGAGCCAAUGGAAAAAGUACGGGCACGCCCUCUCCCAUGUCAUUGAGUCCCUCCCCAAUCAGUUCUGUCAGCAGCAGCGGGGCCAUGGGCUCCUCCUCGUCAUCAUCAUCCUCGUCGGGCAGCGUGGCCAUCCCCCAACGCAUCCACCACAUGGCCGCCAGCCACGUCAACAUCACCAACAACAUCCUGCGCAGCUACGAGCACUGGGACACGGCCGACAAGCUGGCCCAUGAAAGCCAAGAGUUCUUUCAGGAGCUGGACUCAGUGAUGGAACCGCUGACGCAACACAGCAGCAUGACGGAACUGGUGCGCUACAUCCGCCAAGGACUGCACUGGCUCCGGAUCGAGGCCCAUUUGUUAUAGUGCUGGCGCAUUCACUGUGCUCACUCACUCGCUCUCUCUCUCUCAAGCUCACUUUCUUACUCUUUUUCCACAUCUCCACAUCUCGUCUCUCCUUCUUCCAUCAUUCCUCCUUCCACCAGUAUCGCCACCAGCACUGCCAUCUCCGAGCCAUCGGGACCCUGACCGAGAGUGACAGAGGGUGUGGAUGAGGGGGUUCAGCCACUCAUCCUGCAUGCCUUCUGAACUGUGUGGUUGUCCCAGGGGCCCAUGGUCAUCUGUUUUUACAGAGUAAAAGGGAACCAUAUCAUGAGUUGACUGUAAGAUGCUGUCGUUUUGUGGAACACUAAAACAGGAGCCAACCAAGAGGGCAUAUGCACUAUUAUAUAUGGUUUUAAAAAAGGCUACUUCAGAGCGAAAAGAGGGAAGAACCACUUUUGUUUUUUUACACAAGUUCACACCUAGUCUAGUCUAGUUCUGGGCCUAUUUGGAGGAAGGGCUUGUUAUAAUUGGUUUGCUUUAAAGCAGAAGAAUUCUAUUUGAAGCAUGGAUUGAUUGCACAAUUUGAAAUGUCACUUUUCUGUGUUUUUUUUUAAAUAGUAGGACUUAUAUACUGAUAUAUCCAUAUAUCCAUUUAUUGCUUUUAUGUAUAUUCCCUAAAUACAUACUUAAAAUUCAAAAACAACGAACAGUGCUUCCUGAAAUUAUGGUAUUUUACCAUACAGGAACACUUACAAACAACUAGCUGUUCUUAUAUGAGAUUUUUAACCAUGAACCAAUCACGCUACCCUACACCCAGCCUCAGAAGCAGAUAGCUUCCAUGCCCAAAGCAGACCACGCCAAAGUCAGCUUAAAAUAAAGCCCAGGCCAAAAAUUUCAGAAAGACCAGAGAAAUGUUCUCAAAAUCAGCUUUUUACUAUUACUAUUUACAAUUGAGUAAUCCUCUGUUCACACUGACAACUGACAAGUCACUUCUCCAGUAAGAAUGUCAAAGGACACAGAAUAUAGCCCCUUUAAAGAUGGUGGCCAUGUUCCUGACAUAUACUCCAAUACUUCAUUUUCUCUUUCAUUUCUGAAAUAAAAGGGUGUCCUGCAACUUUUGCUUUCCUAGGGGGAGUUUGCUGGUUUUGCUGGCUAAUCUAGCAGCCAACCUAUUAAGCUACUUACACUAUAUAUAUUUAUUUAAAUCAGUGGUUGGCAAUAGCCAGAUGUGGCCCGCAAGCAUGAAACAUGUGGCCCAUUCUCGUUAUAUAAGGGUGUUUUUUUCACGGCUGUGUCCCAAUGCACUAGCCAGGCUAGCGGUAGUGUAUUGGACCGCGACCCUGAUGACACGGGUUCGAUCCCGCAUGAGGAGCGGUGUGUUUAUUUAUUUAUUUUUUUUCUUUCUUCUUGGGUUUACCUGCUUUGAGAUCAACUGUUCUGCAGUUGGGUUCAACAACCCUCUGGGCUGGAGAGCUACUAGUCUGUAAUACUCCAUCCCAUUACACUUCAUUUUCCAAAAACAUAAUGGCUUGGAAAAUAUCUGGCCCGCAGCCAAACCUAAUUGCUGACCCUGAUUUAAACUGUCCAUGUAUAGAAGUUAAGACACAAGAACUGUUGAGAAUAGGAACACAAUUUGGAAGGACCAAAAGUUUAGAAAACAGAAGCUGUAGACCUCUAACCCCCACAUCUACAAUUGGUUAAAAAAAAACUGUUGAACCAAUCAGAUUCACAGCAUUAAGAUGAGAAAACUCAGCUUGUCAUUUGUCACCAAGUUGUGACAACAAAUUGUGUCCUCUCAUAGGAAAUGACUGGUCACUUGGCGCUCUGUUGACUGCUAGUGUGAACACAGGGUAAGCAGUGUGAACACGCCCUACAGAAACUUUUAGUGAAUGGCACACUCUCUCCCUUUUUGUAAAUUUAAUGUGCGAGUGUGAUUUUUUUUUUUUUCAUUUUCAAGUUUUUCAUCCUCCACUUCCACAUCAUGUACAGGCAAUUGAAGCCUGUCAGCUGAAAGCUUCCCUAGGGAGUAAUAAGUGGUUGUUCUCUGGCGUCGCUCUGAAGAACGUCUUGUUGUCUUUUCAUGUGAGUGAUAAAAGCAAGCUGCAGAUAAAGGGAAACGGCCAUGUUGUAAACAAAUCUGCAUUUUUUUUUAACAGCAAUUACAGCAGAAAAAUGAGAUUUUGCUGCAUAUGCCCCUACUGUCCAACAGUAGAUUAGAUAAUUAGUCAGAGAUGGCUGAGAUGGAUCAACGGUAUCUCUGUUUUAAAACCAGACCUGGUCUGAGCUUUCCUUUUCUUUUCUUUUGUACAAAGUACACCCUAUUUGCUGUAAAGCACCAUCUCAUUCUUAAGAAGGUUUACACAGGUGCCCAGCAUGUAUGUGAUCCUUCUCCAUGUCAGUAUUGCUUCUUGAUGGCUUCAUAAUACGAGUCUUGAGGGAUUGGUGGUCCAAGGCGUAGCAAAAACCCUAAACAGUCAGAUGAGAUCCAUCUCUUAAUCAGCAAACAGCCUUGUUCCUGCACUCGACAGUGCCAUGAUAACUGUAAAUCACUAUGUAACGUUGGCUUUAUUCCAAAAGCUGAAUGAAUUGAAUUUCUUACGGGGACUACUAAUGUCUAAUGUCUUAAAUUUUUCAGAAACAGAAGUUUGUUUAACGGACGAUUCCCUACUUUAUUAUCACACACGGCACAGCAGAGCAGCGUCUCCGUGGCUCGAUGGCUCUUUUGACGUUUCUUGAUCUGUACCAUAACUGACUGUGUUCUAUAUGGCAACUCUUUAACUAUUCGAUGUUUGUUUGAAUCUUGCAUGAUCACGGAGAGUAUUCUAGAUUCUAGUUUCUGAGGAAGUCCAUCAACAUCCAUGAUUACUCCACUUUUAUGAAGGUGUUCUGUGCUGUGUUUUUCUGUUUGUUUGUUUAUUUGUUUGGUUAUUUUUUUCUACAAAAAUAUGGUGGUGGGAGGAGGGAGGUGAGGGUGGGUGAGGGAGGGGUUCAGCAUAUCUGUUGUUGUUGAUGUGAAAACACUCAAUGUUAAGUUUUUAUCUAUAAAGAGUUUAGUGCCAGCUGUAAUCCAAGUCGAUUCCUAUUCUGGCAUUCCCACACUCGCACACCCAGACCGAUUUGAUAUCAUGUAGCCUAUAGCGAAAUUUCUACAUCUUCUUUCAGCAGUUUCCACUUGUGAACUCUUUAUUGAUGUUACCUUAAUGUUGAUGAUCAAUUCAGUAGUGCACUGUUUAUUAAGUAAUGCUGUCGGCGAAAGCCGUGCAGUUUUCGCCCCAUCAGUGUAGGAUCGCGUGUGAGCGUCUCGCCGGCUGCGGCCAGAUUCACAACGUCGGUCUUGGUGUCAGUGGGCUUGUGGGCUUCAGUUCCAUACCAGAUCCAUCUUCGAGAGUCUGAAUGUGAGUGAGAGAGAAAGAGUAUAUGUGCGUGAAAUGGGAAUUUCACCAAGAUUAUACAAAAGUGCCUGCGUAUGCAAUGAGAAUUUAUUAGAGUCUAUAUUUAAGAACAAGAAUGAAUCUAAAUGAUUUUUCCAUACCAUAUUGGUAUAUUCGAUUUUUGGUUUUCCUUUUCGUACGACCACGAUUAUUUAUUUGUGUACUUUAUACUGGCAAUGGUGAUACCCGUUUUGGCUUUAACGCUUUCAGAUGUUUAAUGAAUGCAUCUCCAAUUCCUUUUCUGCUCUGAUGAUGAUAGAAAAUGACUCGUAACUGCGUAGCUGAAUUUGAUGCACAGCAGUCGCGUUGGAAUUAGACUGCUAUAUCUAUACAGUAUAUCCACUAUAUCCAGUUUCUAAAUGUUUGAAAGUCAAAUAGUCAAGCAGUCAGAUGUAGAUAGAUAAGGAUAGUCAUCUAAGCAUCUAAGCAAAGACAAACUAUGUAUAUAAUAUACAGCAGCCAAAAGACAUGCCUCAAAAUGCAUCAACUGCAGCACUGUUUCAAUUCUGAAUAUAUGUAUAUAUAUAUAUAUAUAUACAGUACAGUAGUAGCUCUCUAGAACCUAGAACCAAAUCAGCAUUUCUAGAACCUAAAGAGAAAGAUUACUAGUGUUUAAUUGACACCUACAUUUUAUUAUUGUGUGUAAAUAGACAUUGUACAGUCGAGAGCCGUUCAACGGUGUCCAAAGGUGUCCAUUUAACCCAGGUUAUUUUACUGUGUAUAUUCAUGCAGUGCUCUACAUGGUUAGCAUUGACAGACAGUACCUGCAGAUCUGUUCUCAGCAGAUCUCAGCUUUCUUUAUCAUAGUGCAAUAGCUGUUACACACAAUACUCCCAAUAAAAUACAAUGUGCAAAUAGCAAUAUAUAACUGUUCAAUUCAAUCAAUUGCGUAAUCUCAAAUCAAUAAAACUACAACUACAAAAUCUUUAGUGCAGGUAAAGUUUUCCAUGUAGGAGAACACAAAAAAAACGCCCUUGUUCUCUCGCUCUUGUUUUCCAGCCAUGAAAGCAAGCCUCCCACCUUUCUUUAUGCAAAUAUGAAAAUAAUCAAAUUCCCUCCUCCAGUCCAAAGUUACCAACUGUCGCCUCUUUUGUUGGGUAGUGGGUUUGUAAAACUGUAAGUGGCUCGCUCCACAGCUGUUCCUGCGCUCGUUUGAGUCGUGCCAGUCUGUCAAAAAAAUCUGGGCCCCUCUGGCUGCUAAUCAACAACAAGCAGCGCCGGCUCCUUCCAGCAGCGGUGCCAUCAGCCUGCUGCGCGUAGACCUGCUCCAGCAUCACCACUCACUUUUAAUACCCGCAUGAUCGUUCCUCUGAAAGCCUGCAUUUUAAAUCAUCAUAGACUCUGCAAUCCCAAUGCUAUUCCUAAACAUAAUUCACAGAAGCCCUACUAAUACUUAGCAGUAAUAGUAGCAUUAGUACUAAUAGUAAAAAAAUAAUAAUAAUAAAAUAUAUUUUAAAAAAUGCUUAUUAUUAUGGAAUAUCAACAUAAUAUUAAUUAAUCACCAUAUCGCCACUGUCAUAACAAAAGUUAAUAUAAUAAGAUUUCAAAGAUUUUGAAAAGAGAUUUUAAUCCAUUAUACUAGAUAAUUUAUCUGAAAUUUUUUACACAAUAUACAGGACAUUUUUAUCAAAUGGUUUAAACCAGUGAAAAGGCAAAGCUAUAAUAUUAUGGCGUGACAAUAAUAUGCAUAGUUACUACAUAUUGUCACUGUCCAAUGAAAAACAAGGAUCUCCAAAACAGCAACUUUACAGGACAGAGAAAAAAACGUCUACAUUUUCAAUGGAAGUCAAUGUAAAAAGAGUUUAUUUCAGAUCAUUAUGAGGUGCUUCCAUUGGUCUUUUGGUUCAUCAAAAAAAAUUGGCACAGUGUAAGGGACAGUUUGUCGGUUCAAAUUAUGUAUUAAACAAAAAAUUGACUUGUUUUUCAUUGGACAGCGACCAUAUAGUUAAUUAAGGAACAUAUAAAAAGGGCUUUGAAGCACAGGCAGCUGUAGAGAUGGCUACAACAAUUGGCACUAUGAAAAAGAACAGAACUCUUUCAGAAAUGUCACAUUAUUAUCAUUAACAUACCAAAAUUUUAUCUCCAACAAAAUAGCAAAUUUAUUAACACUCACAAGUUCCCCUGACUUUUUGUAUGACUGCUGUACUGACCUGCAGGAUAUGCGUGGUCUCUUUCAUUCUGUCAAAGUCUGUAUGCAUGGACAAACCAGGCGCUCUAACCAGAUGCUGCCGGUCACAAUCAUUACCAUCCACUAUGAUGUCCACUGUGGGUAUUAAUGCCUUCUAUGAUGUAUUCCUGUUACCCAAGCCAACCCAAUUUCCUGAAAAAAACAUUUCAUGAUCAAUUUACACACUGCUACCCCAUGAAAUGUCAGUGUAUUAUGAGAAAAUAAUAAAUUACAGUAAAAAAAAACAUAAUAUUUGUCAUAUUGCUGUAGCCAUACCUGCCGUCAUCUUUGCUUUAAGGCACUUAAUUUGAAUGCAGUACUGACAGGGUAUUAUGAAAAUGUUGUAUACAUUUAAAAAUGAUUACACACAUUAUUUUAGACAAAAUUUUAAUACUUGUAGAUGAUAAAUGAUCUAAUUCUAAUUCUAUUCAAUUACUAAUUAAAGGUUCUAUUCAUAUUAGAGCGAUACAAAGUUUAGUGGAAGAAGGUACAUCGCUGCUGUUCAGUAUAUCACAUUUGGACCAAACAAGAGAAUAAAAAUAUUAUAUUAAAUCAUAUUUACAGCUGAUCAGUUUGACUAGCAAUAUGCUACAGCUUUGGUUAAAAUAUGUAGAUACUUUGUGAUUAGUAGUUUUUCAUGAGAAAAUUCACUGUAUAUGAUUGACCAGAAUGCUAAGCUAGGCUAGGCUAAAUCUGGGUGAUUUAGCUAUUUGAUUAAGCUGAUUUAUUGCUGUUACUUUAAAAAAAUGUAUUGCAUAGCUCCAAUUCCUCAUCAAUCAGCAAAAGAACAACAUUUACCUUCUGCAACAGCACUGUAAUCAGUGCCCAGCCCGUGUAGCAGCUCCUUCUUUCUGAUUCUUUUCACAGUUCUUGUCAGGCUCUGCUGUAGAAUGAGGGAAGAGGGCAAAAAGACAGAAAAUAAUAAUAAAAAAAUAUCCAAUUAAAGUGGUCUCAGCAGGAGACGUUCUGUUUGCUCUGCAAACGAAUCAUGUAAAUAGCUCAGUGUCAACACUCUCAAACUCACAACACAUCAUGUCAGUCAAUUAAAGAUCUUCCAGAACCCGCGCUGAAGAAGAAACAGCAUGCACUGUGAUAUUUACAAUUAGUGGCGUAGUACGGUGGACACCACACUGAAUAGUCCUUAAUUCCAGUUCAUUAUGAGCCUUCUGAUUGCCUAAAAAAAACAAAAAAUGUAGCUCUUAUUCCAGUUCAAGGACAGUGUUGUUGUUAUUAUCAGAAGGUUAUCGUAAGUUAUUCCGUGAGGCUGUGUUCUUAACAGGUACAGCUACGCUCAAGUGGUUCAGAGGGCAAUUUCUAACUUCAUCAGAGGUGUUGUUUUCUACUUCCUUUUUGAUAUGUAAAUUGAUUAUUGUUUUUUUUUCAUCGUUCAUUUCAGUCAAACUGCCUUGUAACUAAAGAAAUCGCGUCCAUUAAAAAAAACGAGGAGCAAUUACUCGCAGUCUUGUUGAGUCUAGUUUCGUCUUCUUAUGUACAGUACAGAGUGGUGCUCCAUCAUUUGUGUCUUUUGAUGUUAAGGAUUGUAUCGGAUCAAGGUGUUGCGUUUGACCUUACUCGAUCUGUUGCCUUGAAGCGUUGCGGAUUAACGUAAUCUCUCAUCCCCGGCGUAUGGUUUUCGUAUUCAGACUCCAUUCUGCUGCUUUCAUCCCAUUUCCACUUUGAGUCAUUCCACCAUCAUUCCGGGUGUCAGUUGUUUUCAUUUCUGUAAAGCCGAGUGUACAGCUUAUUGACACUAAAGGAGUUUCUGAAAGAAAGAAGGCAUUUAUUCUAUUUACGUCCUGCUUAAAGGGAGGGUUUGACAUUUUUCUUCUCAACAAGACCCAUUGCCUCUGUCUGCAGGUCUUAAAAAUUAUAGACAAAAAUAAUAUCAGCUACAUUUAUUUGGUCAGGUUUCAGAGGACCAUCAGGGCAAUUUCUCGAACAGGUAUUAAGACUAGACAUAGAAAUAGAAAUAAAUAACAGUAUAUAUAUAUAUAUAUAUAUAUAUAUAUAUAUAUAUAUAUA